UUUAGGGCAAACAUUUUUGAAGUCGCCGCUUGCAAGAGGUGGGGGGAGUUCUUUACUUUUCCCUGAAAAAUCUAGACUACGUGAUUUUCUUAAAUACAAUUUUAGGUCGGCUAACCCAAAGGGGCUGCUAAUGCUAAUGCUCGUUCCCAGGCGACACUAGACUCAUUUGGGGUUUUUCCUACUGAGCCCCGGCCGCCACCUCCCCCAAAAGACAUUUGGGUCGGACCCGUUACAACGUAGCCAGAGAAGCCCCAACGCCAUGCUAUUGUUGCUGCCGCGACGGAUACGGCGACUGGGGGCCGGGACACCGGCCCGCCGAGGAGGCGGAGAGCUUUGUCCGGCGACCCCGGCGAGAGCGCGCGCGCGGCCUCCACGCGGCCCGGGCCCCCACCCCACGGCCCGCGGAUGCUGUAGCCGCCGCGGCCUCGCUACACUGUGGCCUUCUCCGCGCGCGCGGUGCCGGCCAGGCUUCUUGACCCUCGGGCGCCGCCGUACCCCAGCCCCGCUGUGGGCGCCGGCGGCCCCCUCCCCCCUCGGCGCCCCGGCUCCAUUCAAACCGUCCUCCCAAGCCCCGCGCCACGCUCCCCCCGCGGCCCGCGUUCCUUACCGAGAGCCGCCGGCGCCGUCGCCUUCCCGGCGCCGCCCCCGCCCCUCCGCGCGGGGCCGGGGGCAGAGUGGGCGUCUCGCCUCUCCUCACGAAACAAAGAAGCCGCCGCCGCCACCGCCGCCGAGAGAGGGUAAGUCUCGCGCGCGCGCCCGCUCGCCUCGGCCGCCCCCCCACGCCGCCCGCGCCCCCGCUGCGCGCGCACUCGCCAGCUCCCCUCCCCCCUGCGGUCGGCUUCUCUCGCUUCCGCCGCCCGCCCGGCCUCGUGCGCGCGCCCGUCCGCCCUUCCGCUCCCAGCGCGCGUGCGCGUCCGCUCGGGGCCUAGCGGAGGUAGGCGGGACCAGAGAAAGCUGGCGCUCCAGAUGUUCCCCCCCGACUCAAUCCGGGAAGGUCUUGCUCAUGCGCACCGGCGUCUUCGUCCUCACGCUGCGUCCCCACGCUGCCGAGCAUGCGCAGAGCGGGCGCCACUGCGGCGGUGGCUGCGUUGGUUCCCGCGGCUGCGGCGGGGGGUUGGGGGAUGGGAUGGGAUGGAAUGGAAUGGCGGCGGGGUCUGCAGGGAAGGGUUGGCCGAGGGGCUUUGAGACCCGCAGAUGAAGACCCGAGGCCGUGCGUGGUGUUUCUUAAACGUCCUUGACAUGCCAAACACUGAGCUGGUCCCUGGCCUCCAGUGGUACACUGAGCAGACAGUGUCUUGGUCGUGAUGUGGACAAUCUGUGGGUUCAGGUGACCGUCUCCCAUGUCGAUCAGCUAAUACAUGAUAGGAAAACGUUAAGUGCAACGGAAGAAAGGCCCACAGCGCAGAGAUCAUAACAGGGGACCCUCCUGGAGUUGAGCAGUCAAGUCAGCUAGACCUCUCGGAGAAAGACGCGCUUAUGCCAAGUCGCAGGAGAUGAGCAAGGGCCGGAGGAGGGGGGCACUAGGUAGAGGGAACAAGAUGUACCAGCCCCCCCCCCCCCCCCCCCCCGAGGAGGAAGAGAGCACUGGAACCCAAGGAGGCCCGUUUGGCUGAGGAGGGCAGAUCAGCGACAGCUACGCUGGGCGGGGCCUCGUAGCCCGCGGUGAGGCUCUUUAGCUUUUCCCUGACCACAUUGGGGAAGUAUUCGAAAGGCUUUAAUCAAGAGAUUCCCAUAGUUACUCAUGCUGCAGGGUGGAGUCCGGGCUGAAGGGGAAGAAGGACAGGAGGUGAUGAGUCCCUUUAGGCCAUUGCCACGGCCCGGGGUAGAAAGGAUGGUGGGCCAAGGUAGGGUGAGGGUGGUAGACGUAGAGAGAGGUGGAGGAAGUUGGAGGUAGAAUGGGUAGAAGCUGAAGGAGUAGACCUGAGAGGUGAAAGUGUGAGCAGCUUUGUCUGCAGGCGAGACCGUGAGGACAUGAGAAUGGCGGCAAGGAAGGAGCUGGAGUCCUGCUUUAAGGGCACGAUGUCUAUUGGGAACAGUUUCGUAGACCAGUGCUUCGUGGCCGUACGUUGGGAUUGGGAUCCCAGUGUAAAUGAAACUGGUGCCUUUAAGGCUCAGGGUCUGUGAUACGUGUUCAGUUCAUUUUUAUGUGUGGCGUGAGGUAUAAUCGAAGUUCAUUGUUUUCUGGAGGGAUAUCUAAUUGUCCCAGCCCCAGUCCUGGAAUGUCUGCUCCCACAUUGAAUUACUGUGGCACUUUUGUAAAAAUCGAUUCACUGUUUAAGCAUGAGUCUGAUUCUGGAUUCCCGUGUUUUGUUACUGAUUGAUAGGUCUACAGUAUGCUAAGACCACACUGUCUUGAUAAGUGUAGCUUUAUAAUAAGUCUUGAAAUCAGGUACUCCUCCGAAUUUGCCCUUUUUAAAAAUUGUUUUGGUUACUCUAGGUCCUUGCAUUUCUGUGUAAAUUUUUAGAAUCAGCCUGUCAAUUUCUACCAAAAACUGCUGGGAUUUUGAGUGGGAUCGCAUUGAAUCUGUAGGCCAAUUUGGGGAGAAGUGUUACCUUAAUAUUACAUCCUCUGAUCCAUGAACAUGGUGUAUCUGUUUAUUUAGGUCGUCUCUAACUUCUAUUAAAUUUGCUCUUUUCAGGCCUUUCCUAUUCCACUGGAAUGACUCUUCAAGGUCACAGGCACCUGCCUGUUGCUAAAUGCAGGAGUCAAGUCUCAUCUUCACUUUCCCUGACCUUCUGGCAAUAGUUGACACGUUACCUCCUUAGAACAUUCUAUUCAUGGGGCGCCUGGGUGGGUGGCUCAGUCGGUUGAGCGUCUGACUUCAACUCAGACCAUGAUCUAGUGGUUCACGAGUUCGAGCCCCGCGUCGGG